GGAGCAAUUUUGGCGCUGAAAAAAGCCAAGAGCUGCUUUAACUUUCCUACUUGCGCUUUAAAUUUCUGUUACUCAACGGCCUCUUUUUCCUUUUUCCCCCUUCAAAGCCUCCUGCUUUUCUUUCUUCAAGGUUCAUUUUUCUUCAGUCAUUAACCCACCCACAGCUGAGAAACACCAUUCUUGUAUAUCAUUUCAGAAAAGCAGGGAAGGGAAAGAAAAGGUGAAAGGGAGAAAGAAAAAGAGUAAAGCCCUUCAUGGUUGUCUUCCUCCCAUUCUCCAAAUACACCGGUCUGUUAUAAAGGCCACACUCUACUGCAACUCUGCAAGUUUACUUUCUUUGCUUCCUUAUGUUUUUGUAAGUCUUUUCUUGAUUCCUAUCUAUCUAGACCUCAUUGCUCUGGAUAAUUCCUCACCAGUUCACCUGUUCCCAUCUUCAAAGAGGAGGAAGAAGAGAAUGUCUUCACUUUUUGCUCUAGCAUUCAUUCCCUUUCUUGUUACCCAUGCUGUUGCUUCAUCUUCAUCCUGUUCAAGCGAUGCUUCUGCUCUCUUGGCUCUGAAACAUGGCUUUGUCAAACCUGACCCAGCAUUGAGCAGCUGGGAUGAAUCCACAUGUAGUUCAGUUUGUUCAUGGGUGGGAAUCCAGUGUGAAUUCGGCCGGGUGGUCAGUCUUGACAUAUCAAAUUUCAACCUUUCAGGUUCUGUGUCACCAGCAAUAUCUGGCUUAGUUCGAGUGAUCAACAUCUCCCUUGCUGGAAAUGGUUUCUCCGGCUUGCUUCCUGCUGAAAUCGGCUUGCUUAUGGAGCUGCGGUUGCUGAACUUAUCCAACAAUGUAUUCAGCGGGAUUGUUCAGUGGGAUUUCUCUCAAAUGAAGAAUUUGGAGGUUUUAGAUGCUUAUGACAACAACCUUACUGGUUUACUUCCAUCGGGUAUUUCUAAUGCUUCAAGUUUGCGGUACCUCGACCUUGGUGGGAAUUAUUUUCAUGGAAAUAUUCCUCCAAUUUAUGGUGGCUUUAGCCAAUUGGCGUACCUAUCACUAGCAGGCAAUGAUCUUCAUGGAAGAAUACCAGGUGAGCUAGGAAACUUGACAGGUCUCAAGCAACUGUAUUUAGGUUACUACAAUGAAUUCGAGGGAGGCAUACCUGAGGAGCUUGGUAAUUUAGUCAAUCUUUUUCACCUUGAUCUUUCCAGUUGUGGCUUGGAAGGAGAGAUCCCAGCUCAAUUAGGAAAUUUGCAAUUGCUUGACACAGUUUUUCUUCAGACCAAUUUUCUGUCUGGUCCAAUUCCGAGUCAGCUAGGAAACUUAACCAGGUUGGUAUCUCUGGACCUCUCAAACAAUGCACUUAGUGGUGAGAUCCCGAAAGAGUUUCAUAAGCUCACAGAACUUAGUCUUCUUAAUCUAUUCAUCAAUAGAUUGGGCGGAUCGAUACCCGGUUUCCUUGCUGAAUUGCCCAACUUGGAAACUUUGGCCCUGUGGGAGAACAACUUCACAGGAGUGAUUCCACAGAAAUUAGGGCAGAAAGGGAAGAUCCAAAGACUUGACCUCUCUAGUAACAAGCUUACUGGGUUGAUACCCGAUGGUCUCUGUUCUGAUAACCAUUUAAGAGUAUUGAUUCUGCUGAAAAACUUCCUAUUUGGCCCAAUACCAGAAAGUCUAGGGAGGUGUCUAAGCCUUAGCAGAGUAAGGAUGGAAGAGAAUUACUUGAAUGGAAGUAUUCCUCCUGGUUUUCUUUACUUGCCUGAGCUAACUUUGGUGGAGUUGCAGAACAAUUAUCUCACUGGAGCUCUUUCUGAGAACCACGACACCUUGACAGGGACCAUGCCCACCAAAUUGAGUCAACUGAAUCUCUCCAACAACUGUCUUUCUGGUGGCCUGCCAUCCUCCAUUGCAAAUUUUUCGUCUCUGCAGAUGCUCAUACUAAGAAACAACAAAUUUUCAGGGGAAAUUCCAGCAGAAAUUGGCGAACUAAGUCACGUGCUAAAGAUUGAUCUCAGCAAAAACUUCUUUACAGGAAUGAUCCCACCUGAGAUCGGCAAUUGCUCCAUGCUUAACUAUCUAGACCUCAGCCAGAAUCAGCUCAUAGGCCAAAUUCCACCAGAUAUUUGCAGAGUCACAGUCCUUAACUAUCUAAAUGUGUCACACAACCAUCUUAGUCAAUCCAUACCCAGAUUAAUUGGAUCAAUGAGAAGCCUCACAGUUGCUGAUUUUUCCUUCAACAAUUUCUCCGGAAACAUACCGGAGACAGGCCAGUUUGCAUACUUCAAUGUCACUUCCUUCGCAGGGAACCCCUUGUUAUGUGGAUCAGUCCUCAACCCUUGUAAUUUAACAUCAGUCUCAGUAAGGCCUAGCCAUGUCGUCAGGGAUUUCAAGUUGAUGGUUGCACUUGGCCUGCUGAUCAUCUCAUUUGUCUUCGCCAUUGGUGCCAUCAUUGGAGCCAGAGCUCUUCGAAGAAGAAAAACUCUUAAAUGGAAGUUAACGGCAUUCCAGAAACUUGAAUUCACUGUGGAGAACAUACUCGAAUGCCUAAACGACUCCAACAUAAUUGGGAGAGGAGGGUCAGGAGUUGUUUACUAUGGUACAAUGCCCAACGGUGAAGAGAUAGCAGUGAAAAGGCUAAUGAAUAUUGGUAGUCAAAAUGAUCAUGGAUUUACUGCUGAGAUUAAAACCUUGGGUAACAUCAGGCACAGAAACAUAGUCAGAUUGCUAGCAUUCUGCUCUAACAAGGAGACCAAUCUUCUAAUAUAUGAGUACAUGUCCAAAGGGAGUCUGGGUGAAGCCUUACAUGGGAAAGGGGGGGCCUUCCUGGGUUGGCAACUGAGAUAUAAAAUUGCUAUGGAAUCAGCUCAAGGCCUAAGCUAUCUGCAUCAUGAUUGUUCGCCCCUCAUAAUCCACAGAGAUGUGAAGUCCAACAAUAUACUGUUGGACUCAAACUUUGAAGCCCAUGUUGCGGACUUUGGGCUAGCCAAGUUCCUGCGUGAUGGUGGAACGCUGGAGAGCAUGUCUGCAGUUGUUGGUUCAUAUGGCUACAUUGCUCCAGAGUAUGCUUACACACUGAAGAUCGACGAAAAGAGCGACGUGUACAGCUUUGGCGUCGUCCUCCUGGAGCUCAUCACAGGGCGUCGGCCGGUGGGAGAGUUUGGAGAUGGCGUGGACAUCGUUCAGUGGGCCAAGAUGGCAACAGACUGCAGCAAGGAACAGGUUAUGAACAUUGUCGAUCAGAGGCUUGGUCAAGUGCCCGAGGAAGAGGCCAAGCAUGUGUUCUUCAUCGCCAUGCUCUGCCUCCAAGAGCACAGUGUGGAGAGACCAACAAUGAGAGAGGUCGUGCAGAUGAUCUCUGAGCGUCCCCCGAAGAGGAUCCACCCUUAGCCUUUUUUUUUUUCCUUUUUCUCACACUUCCAGACAAAAAAAAAAUCCGAGAUUUUCUCCGUUUCUUAUGCAUGCUCCUGGCUUUUGUGCCCAAUCAAACAAAGCAAUUGUUUAGCAUCAGCCAAGAUUACUCGGGUUUGAUACUUGAGUAUGCACCAGCAAGUUGCCUGCAUUGCUGCAGAACAAACUAGAAGCAUUAUAUAUAUAAGAUCAUCUUGAUAA